AUGGACUCUAAAUGGACAGCAGAAAGUGAUGCAGAAGCUGUUAAAAUUUUAACUGAUGACAAUUCUAUAAAUAAAGAUAGACGGUAUUAUCAUAUCCGUGAAAAAUUUGAACUAAUCGAGGUAGCUGGCGUUCGACGAGUUCGACGAAAGCGCGAUCAACGCAUUAUGGCAGUAGUUGAAAAUUUCACUAGUAUUAUUCGUGAUAUGCAUGUGGCCAGUGGACAUAAAGGUGAAACAAAAACACACAAGAAAAUAAUGGAACACUAUUCUAAUAUUACAAUGGCUGCUGUAAAAGCUUACAUUGCUAAUUGUGAAAGGUGUGCGGAAAAAUCAAAAAAAAAAUGUACGCGAGGUGUUUUUGUGCGGACUAUUUUAUCUUCCUCUUUAAAUGAACGCGGUCAAGUCGAUCUUGUCGACUUUCAAAGUUUACCGGAUGGUGAUUUUAAAUUUAUCCUUCAUUAUAAAGAACACUUAACCAAAUUUUCAAUUUUCCGGCCAUUGAAAUGCAAAAAGGCUUCAGAAGUGGCCAAAGAAUUAUUAAACAUAUUUUUGACGUUUGGUGCCCCUCACGUUCUGCAGUCCGAUAAUGGUCGCGAAUUCACAGCCGAUAUUAUAACUGAAUUAGCAUCAUUGUGGCCCGAUCUAGUACUAGUAAAUGGUCGGCCACGUUAUCCACAAAGCCAAGGAUCUGUAGAAAGAGGUAAUUGUACGUUGAAGGAUUCACUUGUGGCGUGGAUGCGAGAUAAUAAAACUGCGGCGUGGAGUUACGGCAUCGCCUUUCUAUAA